AUGUCACAAUGGCCGGAUCUCGUUCGUGACACCCAACUCAGCACACUGUUCAAAGAUGAUGUCACAAUCCACCACCACGACGACUCGGACGAGGAGAACAACGCUCGGUCGACAUGGCGGGAGGAACGCUGGAAGGCGACGGUCUGCCUAGGCCACGGCGGCUGUGGUAGCGUCUGGCUGCAAGAAUGUGUUGAGGGGAAACGAGGGAUCGACAGGCGUGCCGUCAAGGUCAUUCCCUGGUUGAGUCUCAAAGAUAAGAAGGACAACUACGUGGCUGAGCUAGAAGCCAUUGCCAAGUUCUCACAAAAACGUUAUUCAAAGUGUUUUGUCAAAUUUCUUGGGUGGUACGACGACCCCUCUAGCCUUUAUAUCGCCAUGGAAUACUUUCCUCUUGGAGACUUGCAGAAGUAUAUGGACAAGCCCGGACUCAUAGAUGAGGCGGAUGCACGAGAGAUAUCGUUCCAGGUGCUUGAAGGGUUGUCUUAUAUGCACCGAGAAGGGUUCGCUCAUCGGGACAUUAAGCCUGAUAAUGUGCUUAUCAGGUCACUGCCACCGAAGAGUAAAUGGUGGGUCAAAAUCAGCGACUUCGGCAUCAGUAAGCGCGUCGAAGGGUCUAUGAAAGUGGUGUCAAGCAUCAAGGGCACAAUUCCAUACAUGGCUCCAGAACUUCUCUUUCAUGAGCCAGGAAGUUCGAACCCUAUUGACCACCAAGCGGCUGACAUGUGGGCACUUGGCGAGAUGGCCUAUCGUCUACUAACCAAGACAGCAGUUUUCCCUACCCAUAACGCACUCCUUAAUUAUCUAGUGAAAACAAACCUGUUUCCCACGGAAAAGCUUAACAAGAAAAAUGCAAGCUUAGAUGCCGCCUCAUUUAUUCGCUCGCUCAUGGAGCCUCAUCCUGAUAAGCGCCUUACGUCGGAAAAGGCCAUGGAGCAUGCCUGGGUUGCGACUUUAAAGGACCAUUGGGCACACGUCUCCAAACCGUCAACGCCCAUACCAUUGGAUCCAUCUUCUCCAAGCCGGCAGCCUGUUCCAGCUCCCAAUCCAAACUCUUGGGCUACAAUAGAGUCGACUAGCGGUUCUAGCUACCAGCCACAUACAGCACUUGCGAGGAUGAACAAUGAUUCAUCUCUACAGCUGUCGUUAUCUGCACACGGCGGUAGAAUGAUUGAGACGACAAAUCAUUCGGCCGCAAAUAACACUGAUGGGGAUAGCAUCUCUGAGCCUGCGUCUCGUAUACCUGAAGUUUCUGUCAAUCCUUUCGCAGUUUCUCAGGCUCUACCAUCAUCACCUUUUCGACAGAAGCCGCAGCAGCAGAAUCAUUCCCAGGCCCCUCUCCCAAAAAUGCCUUGGCCCCGUUCUGCAAUUUCUAAGACACCACCUCCUGUCCGACUACCCUACGGCCGUGCUCAGUCUGUGCAAGGAAAGCCAACGAUAAAGCCUCCUUCACAAAUCUUGACCGAGCGCCCAAAGAGUAUGCAAGCCACUAGCUGCACGCGAUGUUUAACACCCUUCAGCUCCACCAACGAGGAAUACCAAUGUCCUAAUUGCGAAAAGUUCUUCGACAGCAAAUGCUCCAGUAAGAAGACAACAAUAUGGUGGUUGGAAAUCUUCGAACCGGUCAGAGUUGAUGAUGCAUGUUUCGCUUCUAUAACGGGAGAAAUACCACAAGUAGACGAGACUAUCGAUCUUCGCCCCCAUUUAGAAGAGAUCCAACGUGACAUUGUCGAGAAAUACGAGACGAUUCAGGAUGGACGUUAUCGUGAUGAGGCUUGGUUGGAGAAGAAAGAUCGCCAAGAAGCUCGAGAAAUUGAAAGGGCUAAAGCCCAGGCUGAAGACCCAAUUAUGCGGGAACAACGCCUCAAAAAAGCAGAUCUUGAAAGGCGUGAGUUCGACCGGUUGCUCUCUGCCUUGGACAUCUAUUGGCCAACAGAACCCUCAAGUGCCGACUUUUAUAUCUACCCAAACACUUACGAGAAAGAAUACGGGAAAUAUGUACGCGAAGUUGAGCACUACCUUGAGCUUAUGCGGAAACGUGUAAAACGCGAACAAGAGCAGCGUGCAAAGAAGGCUGAUACUAGGUCUACUGGGAAGAAAUUGAUGGAUCUCUUCAAGUUUGCUGGUGAGGAGAAGAAGGGAACUGCUUAA